CGUGUUGGGUGUUUCUUCGUUCGAAUCAGCUUCCACAGCCAUGAGCCUUCGACUGCGGACCUUGGCCGGGGCUGUCAUGCUUGAAACGCCCGUCCCAGACUCCAUGGAGGACUUGCAAUUGAAGCUCGACAUGGUCACGGAUGUGCCAGCAGCCUUGCGAAAGAUCCUGUACAAUGGCGCCGAUGCAAAAAUUGAGGACUUGUGGCACGCAGCCAGCCGCGCGGCAGAUACGGAGACGGAUGGAGUGGUGGAGGUGAGUUUUCUGAUUGAUCACUCGCCGUACUAUCGCUGGGACAUUGCGGGGAACCCUGAUCACCCCUGCCUAUCCGGAUCAGGCUCAGAGGUCACGUUUGCAGAUGAACGCUUCGACUAUGUGAAUGUACUCAGCCAGGUGCCGAUCAAAAGCGGAGUGCACUUUGUGGAGUUUCUGAUGCACAUGCUUCAGGACGAGCAGUGGUGCGGAGUCACCUGGUCAUCAAGCAGGGCUGGCCGCAGUGGGGGGGACGUCCCGGGCUGUUUCUACUACUCCGGGCGUCGGGGGCAUCAAAACGGGCACCUGGAUGUCGACCGGGAGAGGUGCCACCGCCUACCAUUUGCGCAUGUGAAGAGCGGGGAUGCCAUUGGCCUUCUGCUGGAUGCGGACAGGCAUGUGGUCAUGUUCACCUUGAAUGGCCAGCUGCAGGGGGCAUGCACCGUGCCGGACGAGGCCAUGUAUUUCACAACUGCGCUGGACAGGCAGGGGGACUGCGUAGAGCUUCGGAGACGGCUGCCGGCGGAGUUCCCCUACAAAUUGGCUGACGUGCCAUCAAGCAAGUUCGUCCUCAUUGAGGGGCCGCGCGCGCACUCCGAGCCCGGCCUUUCGGGGCGAUCAUCACCUUCCUCACGGUCUUCGAUCUGAUGUGGAGCCAUUCGGCUCGAAGGGGCUCCGAAUUCCGCGCGUGGCUGGUGCAGUGUCACCAUGUGAAGACCUACAUGUCGCAAACAGCCACCGGCGAUUUGCGCGCAGCGUGUCUUG